ACCACUCUGAGUAAUUUAGGGAUAUUUAGGAGAUCUGGACCGCUAAAGAAACAUGUCUGUGCCAAGAAGUCAACAAAUUGUGCCUAUAGAUAUGUGUGUAUUUAUAUGUGUGUGUGUGUUUAUGACAUUACCCAGAUCUUCCCUGUUGUGCGGACCACCGAGCAUGCGCAGUAGAGAUUUCCGCCGACUGACCCGAUGACUUCCGGUUCUGCGCCCGGCUAACUUGAACAGGGAUCAAAUCAUUUGGUUUCGCGGCUCUUGCAGACUUUCCAAAUAUUAUUGGACCUCGUGGCUCAGACUGGCGGUGAGACCGGUCGUGUAUCCUCCGUGUUACAGACGUUUCUUUAACAAUGUCAGCUUAUGCGGGAAGUGUUUUGGGGCCGCAGUGCAUCACGGGACGAUGUAAUUACACUGUUUGUCAGAGAAUCUCAUCUGUUUGUUCAGUUAAAUCCAGGCGGUGAAUUAACAUUCACUGUCCUGCAGGCUCAGCUCACCGCCCCCCCGGGAGGUCCGAUGGAGAAAAUCAAACGCGACUGCGGAAUGUCUACGGAAGCUCGCGUGGUCACUUUUGAGCUGCAAGGAGCAAACAGCGAAGAAACAGGAAACAUCGUCUGAACUCUGCAGCCGUGUUCGAUCCAGGAGGUUCGGCCAGGUUCGACCAGUCCGUUAGUUCACCCAGCUCGGUUCGCUUCACCUGCUGCCUCCCCGCAGGUGAAGCGCGAGUUCUAACGAGUGUGACGCGUCCGUGCUGUAGUGUUACAGGUCACGGGGCGGGCUCGGUGUGUCUUUAAAGGAUCAGCGAUGAUCUGUUCACUAACAGAACCUGAGCUGUGACCCAGAGCCGUCAGAACAUGUCCGGUGGCCGCAGCGGGUUCAGGUGGACGGUGGUCGUCCUCACCUGCCAGCACAAAGACAGCGUGUUCACGUUCCAGAGAGAGCUGGAGUUGCGGCAGCAGCGUGGCGUUCUCUCUCAGGGUGCGUUGGUUCUGACAGUGCAGGACCGCCAGCAGCCGCUGGGCAGCGGGGGGGCGACGCUGAACGCUCUGCUGGUGGCUGCUGAACAUCUGAGCAACCGAGCUGGACACACGGUGGUGACAGCUGACGUCCUGGCGGACGCUCACAUCCUCAUCCUCCACACGGGUCGUGACUUCCCCUGGAGCUCCUGCAGCAGAGCCUUCUGCUGGCUGCCCACAGAGAAACCCCAGCAGAGAGUCCAGGCUCCGGUCUGCUGUCUGGACCUGAUGCUGGACCAGCUCACUACCCAGGUUUGUCCUGGUUCUCCUCCUGGUGUUUGGGUCUGCAGCACCGACAUGAUCCUCACCAUCCCUGCUGACUUCGCUCUGUCCUGGGAGGGUUUCUCAGGUGUUCGGGCUGUGGCGUUACCAGGUGACUUCUCCUAUGCAGCCAAUCACGGAGUCUUCCUGUCUGACCAGCAGGGUCAGGUCAGAGACAUCAUUUACAAGGGGACGAAGGAUCAGAUUCAACGAGCAGUGAUGCCUGAUGGGAAAGUGCCGCUGGUGUCUGGUCCAGUGUUCUUCAGCACGUCAGUUUCAGAGAAGUUGCUGCAGACUCACGUCACUCCUCCUCUGGACGGCUGCACCUACCUGGGCCUGGACUCUGGAGCUCCGCCCCUCCAGAUCUCUUUGUUCCUGGACGUGCUGAAAUGUCUCUGCUCAGAUCUGACUCAGGAUCAGUUUGUUAGGGAGGAGCGAGCAGGCUGCAGUUCUGCUAGCGGCCCACAGGGGGCGUCAGUGAGGAGCGGCAGGAUGGAGCUGUGGAAGAUCCUGAGAGGAACUGCACUCACACUGGCGUACGUCCCCGGCGGUCGCUACGACUACUUGACUCUGUCUGGAAAGCAACAUGUGGAUCGGCUGAGCUGUGAUUGGCCGGACAGAAACACUCUGUCUCACAUCCAGAGAGAGAGCGAGGUGACUGGACGAGCUCGAGUCAUCAACAGUGUUCUGGAGGGAGACGUUUCCGUGGCGAGCGGGGCGGUCGUGCAACACUGCCACCUACAGGGUCCUCUCAAAGUCCCAACAGGAUGUUUACUGUCGGGUCUUGAGUUGAUGACAUCACAGUGCAUCAGGCAGCUGGAGUUGGCCAAUGACAUCAUCAUCCAGGGACACCGCAUCGAGCUUCGGGAGCUGAAGCUGAACGUCUACACGGUGACCGGAGCGCUGGACGACCUGGAGGUCUCCUCCGAUGAUACCAGCGCCUCCUUCCUCAACCAGAGUUGGAGUCUCUUCUGCAGCAGAACAGGAAUCCAGCCGGAGGACUUGUGGGUCCCAGGAGAACAGCGCUCCCUCCUGGAGGCCCGACUCUUCCCCGUGCUUGACCCCAGAGAAGGAGCUGUGGGCCUGGAGGGAGGUGUCGGCUGGCUGCUGGGGGGAGGCGGCUGCCUGCAGAGAUGGAGGAAGGUGUGGAGGCUUUCUCUGAAGGAGGUGAUGUCACUCACCCACCAGGAGGCGGAGCUACAGUGGAGGGAGGAGUUACUGUUCCUGGCAGGGAGGAGGGGAGUGAUUGAUGCCCUGAGGAGUCGCUCGGACGUCUGCCUGCUGCCUUGCUUCAGGGCAGCGGUGCUCGGAGGCCAGCAGGGGGCGCUGCUGGAGACACUGGACAGCAUCGCAGCAGGAAGUCCGGAGCAGGGGGCGGAGCCAAGUGCAGCGAUGGGCCUGGCCGCUCGCUGUCUGUCCUGUAUCGCUGACGUGUUGGUUUGCAUGGCGGGGGGGAGGGGAGGGCUGAGAAGCGGACCGGCCGCCAACGAGGCCUGGAGCUCCGCCUACUCCUUAUUGGGGGAGGGCGACCUGAGGGGCGGAGUCCAAGCCCUGGCUUUGCAGAGAGCCCAUUGGCUGAGCAGGCCCGACCUGCUGGUCCGGGCGGCUCGGCACUAUGAGGGCGCCGGCCAGGUGCUCCUACGACGGGUUAUGAUGUCAUCACAGAGGUUCAUCUCCAUUGGCCAGGGUGAGGUCCCGCCUCUUGAGGAGUGGCAGGAAGUGGAGUGUCCGGCCAGAAUCGACCUGGCAGGCGGGUGGAGCGACACUCCGCCCAUCGCCUUCGAGCACGGCGGCUCUGUGACCAACAUCGCUGUGAAGAUCGACGGGAAGCGUCCUAUUGGUGCCCGCGCCCGCCGCAUCAGAGAGCCCCGCCUCCUGCUGGUCUCCUACAUCGGGGGGCAGGACAGUGGCGUUUCCAUGGAGAUGGUGUGUGACACUCUGGACGACCUGAAGGACUACAGCCAGCCUCACGCACCUGGAGCCCUGCUGAAGGCGGUGUGUGUGUGCAGCGGUCUGGUGUCUCUGUCCUCCCAGAAUCCUUUGCAGCAGCAGCUGAUGCAGCGGUGGGGGGGGGGGAUCGAGCUCCAGAGCUGGUCGGCGCUGCCAACCGGAUCUGGACUGGGUACCAGCAGUAUCCUGGCGGGGGCGCUGCUGGCUGCAGUCUACAGGUGCACCGGUCAGACCUACGACACAGACGCCCUGAUCCACGCCGUCCUGUACCUGGAGCAGAUGCUCACCACAGGUGCUGUUGUCUCCUUUAGUUCUUCUACACAUGGAACUCUGUAUUUCUCAUCGUUUUAUUAUUUCUGCACUAUUCUCUCCAUUCAAACACCAAAAUAUUAUAUAAUAGAUAGUCUUGAUUUUUCACAGCAGCGAUGUGUAUUUGGCUUCAGCUUCUCAGCAGGAAGCGUUCAGAGCCGCCACUUCUUCAGAACUUCUCUGGUGUUUAAAGUUGUUGUCAUGUUUUAUCUGGAUGCUCUUAUUUUCUUAAUGUUUUCCUUCCUGUUUGGCGUCAAAGAUCAGAGAAGAAGACAGCGCAGCUUGCUGCCGCUCUCUGAUUGGACUGUUGUUUUUCCAGGUGGAGGCUGGCAGGAUCAGGUGGGCGGUCUGAUGGGUGGAGUCAACGUGGGUCGAUCCAGAGCGUCUCUGCCGCUGCGGGUGGAGGUGGAGCCGCUCAGUCCUCCCAAAGACUUCCUGGUUUCUCUCGAGCAGCACCUCCUGCUGGUGUACACCGGAAAGACCCGCCUGGCUCGGAACCUGCUGCAGGAUGUGCUCCGUAGCUGGUACAGCCGUCUGCCGUCGAUUGUCCAGAACGUCCAUCAGCUGGUGGCGAACUCUGAGGAGUGUGCCAGCGCCUGUUCAGACGGCUCUCUGUCCAGACUGGGUCUGUGUCUGGACCGGUGCUGGCUGCAGAAGAAGCUGAUGGUUCCUGGAUGUGAGCCGGCCUCAGUGAGGGCCAUGAUGGAGGCCCUGGUGCCGCUGGUCCUGGGUCAGAGCAUGGCUGGAGCUGGAGGUGGGGGCUUCCUUUACCUGCUGACCCGGGAGCCUCAGCAGCAGCAGGCAGUGCUGCACGUCCUCAACAACACGCCGGGUCUGGGAGACUUCAGCGUUCACUCGGUGGAGCUGGACAUGGACGGGAUCACAGUCCUGCCUCCGUCCUGAGGACACGUGACCGGACGGGUUCAAACGUUUUAAUUCAGGGAACCUAAAACAGAAGUAAGAGACGUGAUGACGACUCAUCUGAUGAUCAUGAAGUGUAAAUCUGAUGUCGGGCAUCUACUAAGCGAGCUUUCAGAACAUUUUACAGGGAGUCAGGUGAUUUGAUGUCAGGAUGUACAAGGUAUUAAUCCGUGGUCAGUGCAGUUUGGAUCAUUGUGUAAAACAAAAACACAGAGUGCAUAAAGUGGCUCAGAAUGUAAAAGUGCUGGAGUGAUUGAUGAGGACUCAACUGUGAUUGGCAGGUUCACAUAGUUUCAAAUCUGCCUGAAAGAUCCAGUGUGACAUCAUAUUAAAGUCAGUGCUGGUAAAUUGUUCCUUUUUUGUUAAUGUGUAGAAAAUGUGUUAACCUCCCGACAGCAAGCAACAAAUCAUCUGUCUGACAAACAGAAGAAAACCUCCAGGCGGCUGAUAAUCUCAUCCGAGCGAGCAGCCACCAGCAAAGUUUGUUGGCUGUCAUUCAGCCGCUAACCCAGAAGCAGGAAGCACGCAGACCCUCAACCAAUCACACAUGUUCCUGUAGCGGCUAAUGUUAGCUCAAAGCACACACCUGGAACAGGUGUCACACCUGGGAUAAUGCAGGCUGUAGUGCACGUUCAUGUGUUUUUUUUUCCACCUAAAUGCUUUAAAAGUUGAAUUAUUUUGUGAGGGAAUAAUCAGCUGAAACAAUGACUGUUGUUUCCAUCAGAUGAUUAUUAUUGACUGAAUUCAGGGUCGGCUAACUUCCGGUUUAGCACCCGGCUAACUUGAAUGGAGAUAAAAUAAUUGAAUCAUGUGGCUCUUCUAGACUUUCUAAAUGUUUUAUCGAUAAGUCUUACCACCGUGUUUCUACAGGAGCCCAGAACAGACAAACCACACCGACUCUACAGAUUGUAAAAUUCUGCCCAGUGUUUGAUCAACAGUAUUCAACUGUAUUCACUUAAUAAACUGACAAAUACUACAAA